AUACGUGUUAGAAGAUAUAGAGUACUCUCGCUCCACGAACACUAAUUAUGUUUUAGGUGUCAAAAUAUUGUUAAACUCUUGUGUGUCAGUCGAACAUCAUGCGGUUGAUUUUGUGUUACCCAUCGAAGCAACCACUACACUCUCAAGCCGCUCUCUUCUUAACUUCAACAAUAUCCACGUCAGCAUCACCAUCAAAAUGGAGUCAAGCCAUCAAACAGUCAUCUUCUCCUCUCAAAUCUUUACAAAUUUACACACAUAUGCACCAUCAAUCCAUCCCUAUUGACAGCUUCACCGUUCUUUACACACUUACAGCAUCCACCCAUUUGCACAACCUCCCUCUUCUCCGUCACCUUCAUGCCCAUAUUUUCAAACUUGGGUUCAUAUCAAAUGUAUACAUCAUGUCCUCUCUGUUGCAUGGUUACUCGAAUGCUUGUUUCGAUGAUGCACGCCAACUGUUUGAUGAAAUGCCUGAGAGAACCACGGUCACUUGGAAUACCAUGAUCACUGGGUUAUCGAGAUCGGGGAAUGUGGACAAGGCACGGUCGUUGUUCGAUGAAAUGCCGAUGAGGAAUAUCGCUUCUUGGUCUGCGAUGAUUGCGGCAUAUGUUAACACGGGUCAUCAGAGAAAAGGACUGGCACUCUUCUGCAAGAUGUUAACAGAUGAGAAGCUAAAACCUGAUGAAUUCACUUUAUGUGCUGUGUUAGGAGGGUGUGCGAAAAUGGGUACGGUCGGGUUUGUGUUGGGGAAGUCUAUUCACGGGUUUAUUGUGAGGAACUGGUGGGAGCUCAACGUGGAACUUGGCACCACGUUAGUUGACAUGUAUGCGAAAAGUGGAUCGUUAAAGGUUGCUACAUUGGUGUUUGACAUGAUGCGAGAGACAAACGUUGUUUCUUGGACUGCGUUAAUUUGUGGGGCUGGACAACAUGGUUACGUUAACGAAGCAAGAACUCUGUUCGAUAGGAUGCAAAAAGCAGGUGUUAAGCCCAACGAGUUAACUUUCACGGGCAUCCUAAGCACGUGUGUGCAUGCAGGGUUGGUUGAGGAGGGACGUAUGUACUUUAAACUGAUUUAUCAAUAUGGUUUGAAGCCGAAUAUUCAUCAUUACGGUUGUAUGGUCGAUUUGUUUGGCAAGGCGGGGGAGCUAGAAGAUGCAUAUGAAGUAAUUAUGAAAAUGCAGCCUGAAGCUAAUAUGAAUGUUUGGGGAUCUUUUCUUAAUGCUUGUAAGGUACAGAAUAACUUUAAGAUGGCGGAAAGGGUGAUUAAAAGAGUUGUAGAAUUGUUGAGGCCCGAGAAGGAUGGUGGUGUUUAUAGUCUUAUUGCUGAUUUGUUUGUUAUGGGUGAGAAGUGGGAUGAUGCAGAAAAGAUUAGAAGGUUAAUGGUUACCCAAAAUGUUCGGAAAGCAAGAGGAACUAGCUUUAUCAGUUACGGUGGACCGUGAAAAUGCAUGUUUCAGAGGCUGCUAGCAAUGCUAUUUGAUGUUGCUGCAGGUCAAAAAGUAAGGUUAUUAUUCACCCGACCUCAUAGGGCCUGAUAUGAGGUUAGAGGUAUGAAAGCAAGGAAGGAUAAAGAGCAUAUAGUAGUCUACCAUAGGUGGCAAGACUGUAUUUAGAAAGAAGGCCGAUCUGACUAAAUCCGGCAUGGUGCAAAUGUAGUGAUCACAGUCAAGAUUGAGGAUGAAUGGCUCGUUUGACAUAGGCCGGAACUGGUGCAUACCCAGGUAGUUUUUCAUGUGAAACAUAAACAAGCAUGACCCCUGAAUAAUAUGAAUCAUAAUCACUGUAUACAAACACUCCCUUAGAGCUUGUAAUUUACCUGGAUGAUCUUCUUUUGGGUGUUC